AUGCUGAGUAGUCGAUUGGUCUUUUAUAUGCGAGCGCUUCGAGUAGCAGCAGAUGCUUUGUACCUAGGAAUAUCCGCUCAUGUAUCCUCCAACAAUCUGCGUAUAACAAUACAUGGGGAUGCAAGAACUGGUGGCUAUGUAGCCGCCUGUCGACCCUGCAUAUUUGUUAUCUCAGCUAGCUCAGACGUGAGGAGAGAACUGAGGACGCACAAACCAUGCAUAUUGCUACUCCAAAUAGAGUAUGGCCUGGGGGUUAGCAGUUUCUGA